AUGGUAAAAAAACGGCAUUAUACAUGGAGGCGAGUGAAUGGAUUUACUUAUCCUAUUCAUCCAUUACAAGUAUUAUUAUGGGUUAUAUAUCUUGUUUUACCAAUACCAUCUGCAAUCUCUACAUUUCCAAUGCCGUUAUUUCCUUUAACUCCAUCUAUUGUAUUAUUGUUUCAUAUUUUACUUAUUAUACUAAUAUUAUAUUUAUCAAUAUUUGAUCCCGGUAUACAAAUAAAUAAUCUCCCACGAGAAUAUAACAGAGAAAAUGGUCAUGUUAUUGAAAAUUUAAAAUGUCAAAUAUGUUUUCAUAAUGUGGAUCAAACUACAAAACAUUGUAAAAGUUGUAAUAAAUGUGUUGCUGGAUUUGAUCAUCAUUGUGUAUGGUUAAAUAAUUGUAUUGGAAAAAAAAAUUAUAGAGCUUUUUUUAUUUUGGUUUUAUUAAUGGCAAUAACCUCAUCAUUAUCAUUAGGAAUAUCCAUUUCAUUAUUAGUUAUUUAUUUUACUGAUUAUCAACGUUUAUUUAAUUAUGAUAAUGGAGAUAUAAAAAUUAUUUUUUUUACUAUUAAACCACAAAUUUGGCUUUUUAUUGCUUCAAUUGUAUUAAUUAUAAAUGCUACUCUUACUGUUGUAACAGUUAACCUUCUUCAAUUUCAUAUUAUUCUUAUUAAAAGAAAUUUAACUACUGUAGCAUAUUUAACUAUGUAUUCUAAAAAAAAAACAACAACAGGGACAAAAACAAUAUCUACAAAUGUAACAUCUAAAAGGCAACCUUUAUCAAAUGAAAUAAAUAGAUCAAAAAAUUCAGCUCCAUCAGUACAUAGUUUAUCAAUAAAUAAUAAUAAUAAUAAUGAUAAUAAAUAUAUAGUUAAUGAAAAUGUUAAAAUUAAAACUCCUGAUAUUCUUCAAAAACCAAUUACACAAUAUAAAAAAAAGACAAGAUUUCCUUAUCGAACUAAUUUUGGAACACUUUUCAAUGGUAAUAAACAAUAUUUAAAUAAUCAUCGAAUUUCUCCAACACGAGACAUUCAUAAAAAAUCACCAUCAACCAUUCUUCCUGAAAGACAUACUUUACCUAUAGUACCCUAA